GGACGCAUCGAGUACCUGGUGAAAUGGAAAGGGUGGGCGAUCAAGUACAGCACCUGGGAGCCCGAGGAGAACAUCCUGGACUCGCGGCUUAUUGCAGCCUUCGAGCAGAAGGAGAGGGAGCGUGAGCUGUAUGGGCCCAAGAAGAGGGGACCCAAACCCAAAACUUUCCUUCUGAAGGCCCGGGCCCAGGCGGAGGCCGCAUCAGCGAUGUCCAUUGCUCUGUCAAGCCGAGCGCCAGUGCCUCCUCGCCCAAGCUGCACUCCAGCGCUGCCGUGCACCGGCUCAAGAAGGACAUCCGCCGCUGCCACCGCAUGUCCCGCCGGCCGCUGCCCCGCCCAGACCCCCAGGGAGGCAGCCCUGGCUUGCGCCCACCCAUUUCCCCCUUCUCGGAGACGGUGCGCAUCAUCAAUCGCAAGGUGAAGCCCCGAGAGCCCAAGAGGAGUCGCAUCAUCCUGAAUCUGAAGGUCAUCGACAAGGGCGCGGGCGGAGCUGGCGGCCAGAGCGCCGGCGCGCUGGCGCGCCCCAAAGUCCCGUCGCGGAACCGCGUCAUCGGCAAGAGCAAGAAGUUCAGCGAGAGCAUCCUGCGCACGCAGAUCCGCCACAUGAAGUUCGGCGCCUUCGCGCUGUAUAAGCCCCCACCUGCCGGCAAGGCUGACAGCGCUGCCACCCCCAGCCCGGGGCUGCUCCUGGCCCCCGCCGCCCCCUUCGAUGCGCGCAGCUCCAGCUCCUCCGGCUGCCCCUCGCCGACACCGCAGUCCUCCUCUGAUCAUGAUGAUGUGCCCCCCAAGCUACUCCCCGAGACCGUGAGCCCAGCGGACCCCAACUGGCGCGAGCCUGAGGUGCUUGACCUAUCCGUCCCUCCUGAGUCGGCCACCAGCAAGCGGGCACCUCCUGAUGUCCCUGCUGCUGCCAGCCAGGUGCCCCCUGCAGCCCCUGAGCCCACUGGUGCCUCCUCCGAGCCUGGGGACUGGCGCCCUGAGAUGUCACCUUGCUCCAAUGUGGUCGUCACUGAUGUCACCAGCAAUCUCCUGACAGUCACAAUCAAGGAAUUCUGCAACCCUGAGGAUUUCGAGAAGGUGGCUGCUGGGGUAGCAGGCACCGCAGGUGGGGGUGGCAGCAAUGGGGCGAGCAAGUGAGGGGGUUUCACCCGGGGGGGGCUGGGGGGCCCUCCUGCUCAAGGUCACAUUUGUGCUCCCACCAGCCCUUGCCCUCAGACCCCUCUGCCUGUGCUUUGCUUGUCUCAAAUGGCUCAGUGUUGACCCAGGGUUGGGGCCCGGCAGCUGGAGACCCCUGGAGGCCAGCCAGCAGGGGCCGCAUGGGCACUGGGAAAUUCUCUGUCUCGUCUUUUGGCACUUCCUGCCCAUGCACACGGGCCCGCUGGGUGGGUUCUGGGGAGCCCCAGAGCCCAAGGUUCACCUGCCCCUUCCGUGUCCCAUGGUGUCCCUCCCCAGCUUGCUUCCUGUUUUGUAUAGCAUCUGGCUUCUCGGUGCUAACCUGGAGGCUGUGGGGGCCCUCAGAAGACCCUGUGGGGGUGGGCAUGGCCCUUUUCUGCAGAUUCCUGGGCAGGAGGGGGCUGGAAUGGUUUCCUGCCUGACAACCCUGGAUAGAGGCUGAGGCCACGCUCUUGCUCCUCCCUGUGCACGGGAGGGCAUCCUGGAGACUGGGUCACCAGCGUGGGUCUAACCACUCACCUUUGGACAAGGCCCAAGAAGGUGGGGAAGCCCUGCCCUAGUCUCCCUGUCUCUGCAGGCCCCUUCAGUUCUCCACCAAAGGUGCUACGGGAGCCCACUGGGCACUUGCGGCUGUGCUGUGCUGUGCACCCCUCAGUGUGCUCUUGUGCGGGUCCCUGUGCAGCAGGUGCUUGGGCCCAGGCCCUGCAGGUGGCGCCCUCUACAGUUCCUCAGAACAGGGUUCUGGAAGGCCUGGGCCUUCCCCCAGCAGCUGGGCCUGCUCCAGUGGAGAGGUGUUGCUGGAGUAGCCACCAGGCUUCUGGGGCCCCAGGCCCCCACGCCCUUCUCCUUGGGGCUGAUCAGCCCAAUAUCCCUGUUGGGCCUUCCCUGCAGACAUGGCAUGGAACUGAGGGGGUUAAUUCCAAGCUUCCCUUUCUUCCCAGUAUCUGCAGAGGAAAGGGGCAGCCGGAAACUGUUCUGAAGGGUCCUCAGCUUUCCCAUCCCCUCUCUCGCUUCUGACCACUGAGGCCUGCUCACAGCCCAGCCUGCUCAGAGCAGUGGGAGACUUGAGGCCCUGGGCAGCUUCUCUCCCUUGCUGCCAGGAAGCUGAGGGGUCCAUGCUGGUGGCAGAGACCAGAGCCCCCGUGUGAGGCUGGCUGGGCACUGGAAGUGUGGCUGGGCUGAAGGGGAGACUGCCUCAACGAGGCCGAGGCCCGUGUUCCUUGGAGCACCGGGGUUCGUUUGGGAGUGGGGCCGCAGCCUUUGGGCCAGCGCCAGGCCACUGCCAGGUCCCCCUCAGCACAGGUGCUGAGUGAGGCCCUGUGGGCCCCUCUGCUCAGAAGAAGCCUGGUGAAAGGGAGGCAGGAGCAAACCUGACGGGAUAGAGGCCUUCGGUCCCUGCCUUCCUUGCCCCAGGAUGUUGAAAGGGGCCCUCACAGGGUUUGAGGGGGGCUGGCACUCCUGGGCCCCUCCCCACUGUGCCCUUUGUGUUGGCUCUGUGGCCGUCCAAGUGCCAAUGGCUUUUCCCCCAAAUAAGGGCUGGCAUUUCUCCUCUGGCCUCAGAGGAGGUGUCCCCCAACCCCCACCCCAGGUGAGCGAGCCACCUGGGUGCCAGAUACAGGUGUUUCCAGAGACCAUAGAAAUGUGUUUUCCUGAGAGUCCGUGUCAUUCGUGACUUUUUUUGUAAAGAAGUGUGUUUUCAGAGGUGAUUUUAUGACAGGAAAGUGAAAGAAUUAGUUUUGCAGAAAAAAAAAAAAA